GGCCGGAGCUUUUUGCGCUGCUGCGGAGGAGCCGGGAGUGGAUUCAUCCCCGAAGGAGCAGCCGCGGAUGCCCCGGAGUUGUGUUGGAUGUUGUGGCACGGAGCGGUGACGCUGUUGGGGGAAUUAAUUGGGAGGCAGGAGAGAAGUAGAAGGGGACGGUGUCGGUAGGAAUUGUCCGGUGUUGUUGUGUCCCCCGGUAUUCCCGAGGGUAGCCUGUGCUCUUGGGGUUGCUUCGGAUGUUGUAGGCAAAGCUUGGCUCUAUGCAAAUUCGGCGAAAGAAAAGGAAAACACUUCCCCGGGCUACGGUAUCGUUUCGUCCUUAAAACUGAAGAUUUGAUAGAGAUUGAGGAAAACGUCCCUAACUUUUUCAGCAGGAAUAAAAACCUCUCCCUAGAGACGCGGAGAGCUGCCCUGCUUUGGGGCUGGAGGUGCUGUGGGAUGUCCUUUGCUGGGGCAGAGGGAUGGUGCAGUACAGGCUGAAUCCGUGAUGGGUUCCAGGGAAAGGGAAGAAGAUGAUUUUGUUCCAUUAGAAGCGUUCAAGUUCGUUGCAGUUUGUCUUUAUGUAACGAUUUUGAGGUUUUGUCCCUUAGUUUCCCAUCCGUGCUGUGAUUGGCAGUUUCAUUGAUGUGCAGUUAUUUUUGUCAUAACCUGUGUAAGAAAUGGUAUAAAUAGAAAAAUCCGGGUAAAUCGAGCUGAUACCGAAGCAGAUGAUGCUGAGCAUCUCACCGCGUUCAUUUUGUGGAGAGCUUUAAAAUUCCUUUCUGCUCGUUCUGGAAAGGAUUCUCUGCAGUGCAAGGUUUGAUCUCGGGCUGUGGUGCUGCAGAAGCCGAAAUGAAGCGUGUGGUAAACACACAACUUCCCCACAUCAGUAGCUGGGGAGCUGCAGGGUGAGGUCCAGGAUCUGCCUCUGGAUUUCAGCGUGUGCCUGGGUUUGUGCCGUGGUUCCCCAGGAUUCCUCGACAGCUCUGGUUAUCUUUGAUCUUGACUUGUUCUCCCUUCACCUGAAGGUUCAGGUGUUGCAUUUCCAGCCUUUGAACAUCCCCACCUAUGAACUAACAUAAGCUGAAGUUUAUUUUCCUUUAGCUUCAUUUCCUAUGGAAGCCGCACUGACUUCCAACCACCCGUUUUGUUAGGAAAAUACAAUCUCUUCGUUCUGCUGUGGUUUUAAGGAGGUUUGAGCGUUAUUUGAUUCACUUUGGGACACCCAAAGCUGAGAUGUUUUUGGCACAGCUGUUAAUCCCAGUCAGACAGCUCAGCGUGGGGGAUAAUUUGUGUGUCACUAAACUGGGUGACAGAGCCUUAAGGCAGGAAGCCUCUGAUGUGCUGUUCCACACCUUUCACACCUCUUCACUGAGAAAUCCCCAAAGUUUUAAUGUUAAAGGUGACACUGAGGGGUUUUUUUUAAGUUGAAAUACCCAGUGAAGAAAGACAGUGUCUUGUGGCUCAAACUGGAUUUCAUGCAACAAUGUUUAUUUUGGUGAGUGUGGAAAGGCUGCCUUGUGAGAGUUUUGCUGUGGAUGGGCUCAGGAGCCCAAUUAACUCUGCUUUAAAUAUCCACCUGGCCACGGGAGCAAAUGUGGAAGCUGUUGAAUAUAAAUCUGUAAAUCAGAAUAGAUGCACAGUUUGUGCUGAGGAUUGCCAAGGGUCACCUCUCAGUAAAAGAGUUCUGGCUCAUAAUGGGAACGACAGAUUUGAUGAGGAAAAUGUGUGUGAUGUAAUUGCAGUUAACUGAGGAAAGAGGCCAGAGCAGUGUGAGCAGCCCCUUCCUCCCCUUGGCACGUGAGGGGCAGCAGAGCUGGGUUUGGUGAGGAGGGAGGAAUUUUUGAAGGAAGUGGAACACGUAGGGAUCAUGUCCUGGUCUAAAACUGCUUGUUUGUAAUCGUGUAAUAACAUAAAGAUCAAUUUGAAAAUUGUGAUUUUGAGCUAAAAAGGGAGAAAAGGGUCUGGAGAUGGGUUUUCUGCAGCUGAAGUUUCAUUGGAUAGUGGGAUAUCCCCCUAGGAAAUAUUGAUGCUUCACAGUUCUGUCUUCAAAACCAGUCUGGUGGCAGGGUCAAGGUACUCCAGGGGGACAGGUUUGCUCUGCUCGGGGUAUGGAUGGUGUGGACAGGUGUUUCCCACUUUGCUGGAGUGUGUGUUUGGUUUCUAACCUCCUGCCUGUUAGAAGUCCUUUAAAUUCUCCCAAAGACACACCAAAUUAAUUUCUACUUUUCCUGCUAAAGCACUGGAGCUGCACUGCCAGCAAAGAGCUGUUGCUGCAGAAUCCUCUCUAUUAUGGGUCUCUUUUGUUGCUGUAAUGAUCUGUGUGGAGUAAUUACAAAAGCUUGUUUGUUUGAAUGACUAAAACCAGUACAACGAGAUGAAUCCCUGAUCCCUGAAAUGACAGUUUCCUGAAUGUUUGGCUUAGGAGGAGCUGCACAGGGAAAAUGUGGUUUGUGCUGCUGGUGUGACAGCAGAUGCUCCUUGGUGAAAUUGGAGGUGCCUUUCCAGCAUGGCCUUGGUGUUCUGGUGUGAUUUUGUGUGUGCUCUUCCUCUGCAGAUUAUCUCGAUAAUGGCAAUAAUAAAAUGGCAAUCCAGCAAGCAGAUAAACUGCUCAAAAAGCACAAGGACCUUCACUGUGCCAAGGUGCUGAAGGCCAUUGGCUUGCAGAGGACUGGCAAGCAGGAUGAAGCCUAUGCCCUGGCACAAGAAGUAGCAGCACUUGAGCCCACAGAUGAUAAUUCCUUGCAAGCACUGACCAUUCUCUACCGGGAAAUGCACAGACCCGAGCUGGUGACUAAACUUUAUGAGGCAGCUGUGAAGAAGGUCCCCAACAGUGAAGAGUAUCACUCCCACCUCUUCAUGGCCUAUGCCAGGGUUGGAGAGUACAAGAAGAUGCAACAGGCUGGAAUGGCACUUUAUAAGAUUGUUCCCAAAAAUCCGUAUUAUUUUUGGUCCGUGAUGAGCCUGAUCAUGCAGUCUAUCUCAGCACAGGAUGAAAACCUCUCCAAGACGAUGUUUUUGCCACUUGCUGAGAGAAUGGUGGAAAAAAUGGUGAAAGAGGACAAGAUUGAAGCUGAGGCUGAAGUGGAACUGUACUACAUGAUCCUGGAACGUUUGGAGAAAUACAAGGAAGCCUUAGAUGUUGUGAGGGGAAAACUUGGAGAGAAGCUGACGAGUGAGCUGCAGAGCCGGGAGAACAAGUGCAUGGCCAUGUACAAGAAGCUGCACAGGUGGCCCGAGUGCAACGCGCUGGCCCGGAGGCUGCUGCUCAAAAACUCAGAUGAUUGGCAGUUUUAUAUAACUUACUUUGAUUCAGUGUUUCAACUCAUUGAUGAAUCCUGGACUCCUCCAGCAGAGGAAGAGCACUCUCUGGAAGGGGAGGUGCACUGCUCCAUCGAGCAGGCUGUGAACUUCAUCGAGGAGAGGAUAACAGAGGAAUCCAAGAGCUCCCGGCCACUGCGGGGACCGUACUUGGCCAAACUGGAGCUGAUCAGGCGCCUGCGACACAGGGGCUGCAAUGAUGAGUACAAACUGGGUGAUCCAGAAGAACUAAUGUUCCAGUACUUCAAAAAAUUUGGGGACAAGCCCUGCUGUUUUACUGAUCUCAAAGUGUUUGUGGAUCUCCUCCCACCCAGCCAGUACACAAAGUUCAUCCGGCAGCUGCUGGACGUGAUCCCGCUGGCGGCGGCGGCCGAGAACGAGGUGGCUCUGCCGGGUGACAUCAAGGCCCUGCAGCAGCACCUGUGUGUGGUGCAGCUCUCCAGGCUGCUGGGGAUCUACCACAGCAUGGAGAAGAAGCAGAAGCUGGCAGUGGUGCGGGAGCUGAUGCUGAGAUACCGCCACGGGUUGGAGUUCGGGAAAUCUUGUUUGAAAACUGAAUUGCAGUUUUCAGAUUAUUACUGCCUGCUUGCAGUUCACCUGCUGCUUGAUCUGUGGCUGGAAGGUGAAGAGGCGGCCGUGUGGCAGUGCCUGACUCUCCUGGAGGAAGGGCUGUCUCACAGUCCCUCCAAUGCUCAGUUUAAGCUGCUGCUCAUCCGGAUCUACUGCCGGCUCGGCGCCUUUGAACCCGUCUCGGAGCUCUACUCCAGCCUCGACGCCAAGCACAUCCAGCACGACACCAUCGGUUAUCUCCUGACGCGCUACGCCGGCUCCCUGGGCCACUACGCUGCUGCUUCCCAAUCCUGCAACUUUGCACUCAGGUUUUUCCACUCCAACCAGAAAGAUACCUCAGAAUACAUCAUCCAAGCCUACAAGUACGGGGCGUUCGAGAAGAUCCCGGAAUUCAUCGCGUUCAGGAACAGGCUGAACUCUUCCCUUCACUUCGCGCAGGUUCGCACCGAGAGGAUGUUGUUGGACCUCUUACUUGAAGCAAAUAUAUCAACCAGUUUAGAAGAAAGUAUAAAGUCCAUGAGUCUGAGCCCAGAGGAGGAUGACAUUCCAUGGAAAGAUCUGCGUGACAACAGAGAUCUGACAGUCUUGUUUAGCUGGGAUCCAAAGGACAGGGACAUUUCUGAGGAGCAUCGGAAGCUCUCCCUGGAGGAGGAAACUCUGUGGUUGCGAAUCCGGUCUUUAACGUUGCGGCUGGUGAGCGGACUCCCAACUCUUGGCCACACCAUCCAACCAAAGAAUUCUGAAAAGACUGCAGAGAACGGUGUCUCAUCCAAGAUUGACACAAUCCGAGCCCUGCUGCAGCAGCUGGAAGCGGCGGUGGAUUCGGGGAAGAAGUUUCUAGAACAAAAAAUCCAGUAUCCUGUCCUUGGCCCUCCUCCUACCCGAAUGGCUGGCUUCUUCAGCAAUGGCAGCUGUCAGUGCCAGACUAGCUUGUUUUAUCUUGUUAGUGAUAUUUAUGAACUAGAUACCAAUGGCUUAGAAGACUCAGCAGAAAUCCAGGAGAGAAUAGGGAAUAGUUUCAAGUCUUUAGUAGAACGACUGACAGAUUUGUUCAAUAAAUGUAAAGGUGAUUUGAUUGAAGUCAGAGAUGGCACCUUGAAAACUCAUCCAAACCUGUUAGAAAACUUAGUCUUCUUUGUUGAGACGAUCUCCAUUGCCCUGUGGGUAUCGAGUUACUGUGACAGUGUCCUCCGACCUUUUAAAUCCAACCUGCAAAAAAAGAAGAAGAAAAAAAAAGAAAGCAGUGUAGCAAUGCCACCUGUAUUUACCCAUUUCCUGGAUUAUGUAACUGAACUCCAGACAUUAACUUCCAAUGUAAUAGAUCACAUCAAAGGGCUUGAAAUCAUUCUGACUGCACUAAAACUUGAAGAGCUGUCCCUCAAGGACACUCUGCUUUUACAGGAAGAAAAAAAGUUUACAAAGACUGUGCAAGGGAAGGUCCAGAGCAGUUACCAUCACUCAGUUCAGGAAAUUGGAGAGCUGCUGAAAAAGAGACUCGAUACCAUUAAAAAACUAAAGAUUUGAGCAAUGCAUCACUGACAGACUCCACAAGGGAGUGAUACCAGAGUCCCAGACAGAAGCAACAUCCACUCUACCAUCACUUUAAUCCAGAACUUCCUCAUAAUGCAUGAAGGACUUUAAAUCAUGAAACAAUUUUUUUUAGGUAUUACAGAUGUAUUGAGCUGAUUUAAAUUAUUGUACAUAAAAGAAGCAGGGACCCUUCCUAGGGUUUGACCACUUUUUAUACAUGUUCAUAAACAUAUUGCAACAGGAGAAAAUUCACUUUCUUCCCUUUUGAUCUCUAGAACCAGCUGGAGAUGGUCUUUAGAAGCAGCAAUAGCAAUCCAGUGUAAAGCAUCUAUCUCCAAGGAUAUUUUCAUCACCAUACAGUGUUUAUAAUUUUUGUAUGGGCCUUGCCUUAAAAGUGCAGGAAUUGUAGAUGUCCUCAUUCAGCCGCCUCUGAUGAACUGAGCCCGGCUUGGAGCUGCCUGUUUUGUCUGCAAACCACCUGGUCCUGCUGACAGAAUUCCAUGUGUUGGUCCAUCAGGGAGAGGUGAGGCCUCCGUGGUGGGCUGGGAAUCAUCCGGAGCUGGGGCAGGAUCCUCCAGGAGUGAGCAGGAGGGAGGAGGUGUCUGUGCACAACUCGGGAAAACUGCAAAUGUGAUGAGGAGCAAACUUCAGAGAGAGAGAGAAGGGAAUGGGAAUGUGAAUGGGAAUGUGUGUUUCAGAAAAAAAAAAGACAAAACAAGAGACCUUGUAAAUAAUGGCUGCAGUGAAGUGUGACACUGCACUGGUAUCAUGUCAGUUUAAUGUCAAACAGCAACGUCAUGACUUUUAAAAAGUGUAUUUAGAUUACUGAAACUUUAAGACUUCAAUAUUUUAAUAGAAAUGGAAUCCUAUUGGCUUUGGUUUUAAGUUGGCAGAGGUAACUUUUGCUUCCGCUGUGGUCUGAGGCCGAGAUCCUUUUUGUACCUGUGCGCUUGCUUUUUGCAGUUGAACUUUGAUUAUCCAAGCACUGGCUCAUGAAGCUUUCUGUUGGAAAGUGUGACCAUAUCAUCUGCUCCCACAGAAUCUGCAUUUCUGCUGGGUUUUUUUCAUGUUCAAAAAGCAAUGCAGCCUAAAAUUGAUAGGCAAAAAACCAGUUUAUGUACCUGCAAUACAAGGGACAGGUCAGACCAAACAGAUUCCUCAUCUCCUGGUUUAGAACCGCAGUAUCCGAGUCUAGAUUUAAAGUUUGAAGAGAGCUUGACUGCCUUUGUCAUCUCCUCUGUUUUGUUAGUAAUGCUAGAAUGUUAAUGAGAGUAUUUUUUUAAUAAAUCCCCUGUAUUAAAAAAAAAAAAAAAAAAAGUCCCAUAGCUGCUCUUGCUGGAUUUAGUUUGGUUUUGCCCCAUCCUGGAAGGGAAAGAGGAAGAAUGUCUGCAGGUUGUCAAAUUGUAAAGGAUGUCCUGAUGGUUGAAUCAAAAUGUCUGGUAAGUGCUCUGGGCUGGAGGAAUACCAAAAUGUGUUAAGUCUGUUUUAUAGUAAUACUUUGGCUGGGAAAAAAGAAAAAAAAAGAAAAAAACCAAACAGAACUGUCAAGUUGUAUAGAAAUAUCAUUUUUGAAAGAAGGGUGUGCUCCUUAAAUUAAAGCAAGGCUGGUGACUGAAGGUGAUGCUGUCAGGUGUGUAGGGUGAGUGAAAACCACCCCAGUGCUGUGGGGCAGUUCAGAGCAGCCCUGAGCCAGAAAUGGGCACUGCCCUUCUCAGUCAGGGGGUGCAGUGGCACUGCUGCUGUCCCUCCCCUCUGAUUGCAGAGGGCUUUGCACAAACACAGCAAAGGUGACACAGGGGACAGUCCCAGGGCAGAUCCAGGUUGGCUUUCCUUCCACUGCUGCUACACCAGGUUGAACUCAGUCGUGUCAAUAAGCAACGCUGAUGAUGUAAGUGAGGUUUAAGAUUAGGAGAACCAAGCAUUUAAAAUCCUCCUGUGUGCCUGCAAGCAGAAGCUGGGUUAAAAAAAGGUUUCCUGCAUCCCUUGAAAGCAGAACUGAAACUGGGGGGGGUGGGACUUGUGUCAUCUGAGGCAGAGGCUGGGACAGGGUGGAACCAUGGCUCGCUCACUUCCAGCACAGGGAAUACUGACUGUUCUCAGUGCCAGCUGCUGCUCUCUUUCCACUUCCAGCCUCAGGGAAUGACCUUGUCACACACAGAACUUUUGGAUUACUUGGUGGUUUCUAAAAGCAGAGGCCGUCUCUUCCCAAGCUGUAGUUUCUCUAGGAGGAAACUGUGUACAAAAAUGACUCUGUACUGACUGACUGGGGGCUUGGUUGAGGGAGGAUUUCUCUCCCCCUAUAAAUUGUGUACAGUUAAAUAUAUUAUAUAUUUCUUACGAAAGAGCAUUUCCCCUCCAGAAUAUGUCCCACACGGACCUGGUAAGAAAUUCAAACUAUAAUCCAUUGCUGCUGUUCCUCUUUUUUCCACUCUUAGGAUUUGUUUUUGUUUGUUUUGGAUUUUCUUUGGGUGAUGAAUUGAAAAACAUACCUAGAAGAAGCUACCAAGACUACUGUUUACAGACUGAAAAAUACUGCUUUUAUACUACUGGGAUCAUGAGCCACGAUCCUUUUACAGAUUUCCUCAACUCCACUCGGCUUAAAAUUGGUGUCUGAUGUAGAUAAAGGUUGGAAAUCUCCUACCCUGCUUUGUCUACACACAGGACAAAUUGUACAAUGCUUGUUUGUGUUGUCCAUCAUUUUUGUACUUUUUAACUGUUCAGAAAUUGCAUUUAUAUUUUGCAAUCCUUGAUAAUCAUGACUUUAUUUUAAUGGUUAGUAAACUUAGGGAUUUUUUUUUGUUGUAUUUGCAGCCUUAUCUGAACUUUCUCUUCCUUGAUUAUUGUUAAUUUAUGACUGUAGGAGAUAUGUACGCCUCAGCCUUCUACGGACUUAAGUGACACAACUGCAACUGAACUGCUUUAAACUGGAUGGGUUUAUAAUUUAUAUAAAAGUCAGUUUCGUUACAAA